AUGAAUGAUAUUAUAAUACAAGCUCUACUGGCUUUAUCAUUAUUUAUGAUAACUCUUAUUAUAAGUAUAAUACCUCUUAAAAUUGUUUCAAGUUUUAUGAAAGUAAAAGAUGGUAAAGAAACAGGUCAAAUGGAUAAAAAACAUGCAUGGAUAUUAAGUUUAUUAAGUUGUUUUGCAGGUGGUGUUUUUUUAGCAACAUGCCUUCUUGAUAUAUUUCCUCAUAUUAAUGAAAAUUUUAAUAGUUUUAAAAAAAAUGCUAAUUGGGAUUUUCAUUAUCCUAUGCCUGAAUUUAUUGCCUGUUUAGGAUUUUUUAUUAUAUUUUUUAUUGAAGAAAUAACGAUAAAAGUUUUUAAAAAUAUGGAUUCACCUCAUGGGCAUGCUCAUUAUGAUGAUUAUAAUAGUGAUGAUGAGAUGUGUUAUGAUGAUGAAGAUAGUCAUGUUACAAAUACCCCACCACAUGGAACUAAUAAUGUUUCACGGUUAACUGAAGAAACCACAGCUAGUAGUGUUGAAACUCCUGAGAAAGAAGAAGAAGUUAAAGAUACAUCUACUAAUGAUAAAAAUGUUUCGUCAAACAUUGAUCAGUCACAAGGUAAAAAGCAUAUAUCAAUUGUCUGUCAUGAUCCUGAUUCUAUGGUUGAUAAACUUUCUAUUAAUACAUUAGAUUCAGUUAAAUUUCAACAAUCUAAAGAUAUAAUAAAUGAUUCACCUACAAUAUUAAAUGUUAAUGGUGAACUUGAAGCAUCGAGAAAAAGUAGCAAAAGAUCAAGUUAUUCUUUAUCAACACAUAGGAGCGAAAGUAUUUAUGGAAGUAGCCAAUAUGAUGAAGAGUAUGUUGAAGAAAUACCUCCACAUUAUGAAGAACAUAUACAUGCUGUUGGAAAUGUAUUAAAAAGUAUCACAUUUACAAUGAUAAUAUCAGUUCAUUCUGUACUAGAAGGUUUUGCACUUGGUGUACAAAACAAAAAAAUUUCUAUGUAUACAUUAUUCGCAAGUUUAGUUCUUCAUAAAGGUGUUGAAGCAUUUAGUGUUGGUCUACAGGUAGCAAAAACAAAUUUAAAAAGAAAACGUUUUGUAAUAUUUAGUAUUAUGAUAUAUUCAUUAACAACACCAUUAGGAGCAUUACUUGGAAUUAUUUUACGUUCUGCAAAUUUUAAUAUUGUAUUAAAAGAUGGUCUUAUAUUUGUAUUUGAAUCAUUAGCAGCUGGAACAUUUUUAUAUGUAACAUUUUUUGAAAUAUUAUCUCAAGAAAAAGCAAAUAAAUUUAAUACAUUAAAACAAUUAUUAGCUAUAUUCAUUGGAUUUUUAAUGAUAUCACUUGUUCAAAUGUUAGAACAAACACUUGGAGCACAUUCUCAUGAACAUGAAGGAAGCCAUCGUUGGAAUCAUUCACAUCAAUCACAUCAUUUAAAUGAAGUUCAUUCUGGCUCUUCACAUGAAGAUCAUUCACAUGAAGAAUAA